GUCUGAAAAGUCCUCGGGCUUAUCGGGAUCGGGCCGAACAAGUUUCCUCCAAACAAUCACCAUCACCAUCAGUGACACUGACAGUGACCAUCUCCUCGUUGUCGACACGCCGAUGUUUCUCAGAACCGUCGUCUGAAGAUCCGGGAAAUACUGAGAUCUUUCAGUCUACACCCUUAAAUGGCGCCAUUGUUUGAAACAAUCAAGUCGUUCCACGAUGUUCAAAUUUCUUCAGAAGGUAUAGAAACUGUUGGAUUUUUGGAGGCAACAGAAGGACUAGUGGCAAUGUUUGAUCUUUUUGGGUCAAAAAUCUUUGGCUUUGUUCAAUCUGACAUCAGAAGUAACAUUGGUGGUGUCCGAACGCGUUAUCAAACACAUAAAGACUCCUCCCAGACUCUGGAAGAGCUUGUGAAAUUUGAAGUCGUCAAUGGAGAUCAUCACAAACAUGGGACAGCAUGCGUAGUUCGUCUAAUACGCGGUCUCGCUUUGAUACAGCACGCUCUUCAACGCAUGCAAGACCAUCCGGAUGAUGAGCUUCAUGUGUGUUUCAAGAGUGCCUACGACGUUGUGCUUCGACACCAUCAUGCAUGGGUUGUUCGUGGCGUUGUUACUGUUGCCAUUCGCGCUGUUCCACAUCGGCGUGACUUUUACCAAGUCAUAUCUUGUGGGGAAGCUCCGGAAAAGUUCGAUCCAGAGUUGGGGAAAUGGUUGCAGGCCCUAGAGGUUAUCGUGAAGAGGAUGAAGGACUUUUUGGAGAGUGGCGGAUAUGGGAAUGUCUAGUUGCGUUGAUCAGUGUUUGAUGUGCCGUGGAGCUGUGAAACUUUAGGAAUGGAAUCCUUGGCGACAUGUAUCAGCAAGGCCUCUGGCGUAAAUGGACGCUAGCUGAGUGCCAUAAAACAGAAAUGGCGCAGAUAUAAAGUUAGGCGCCCAUUGAUUCUCAAGUAGCGCUGGUCCUUUUGUCUUUUGCUUUAUUGUGAUUUCUGCGCAAUCUUAUUGUCUUUUAUUCCUUUGUCUCGCGUGGUUCUUAAAUCUCGAGGACGU